CUUCCUGUCUGCUUUGGUGGGUUGGAUCACAGAGAAGAAAGCAGAAGCUUCAACUUCAGGUCCGCUCAAACUUCACCAACGUGAGAAGAAACCGUCUGACGUCCAGCGGGUGAGGUGUGCAUAGUUUGUUCUAGAGUUCUCUACAGCCGGUUUGUUCUACAGGUCUCUGCUGCAGAAGGUUUGUUCUAAAGUUCUCAACAGCAGGUUUGUUCUAGAGUUCUGUACAGGAAAAGGUGUGUUCUAGAGUUCUCUGCAGGAGAAGGUUUCUUCUACAGUUCUCUGCAGCAGUAGGUGUGUUCUAGAGUUCUCUACAGCAGGUUUGUUCUGGAAUUCUCUGCAGCAGCAGGUUUGUUUUUGAGUUCUCUACAGUAGGUUUUUUUGUAGAGUUCUCUACAGGAAGGGGUGUGUUCUAGAGUUCUCAACAGCAGGUUUGUUCUUGAGUUCUCUGCAGCAGAAGGUUUGUUCUUACGUUCUCUACAGCAAGUUUGUUCUAGAGUUCUGUACAGGAAAAGGUGUGUUCUAGAGUUCUCUACAGCAGGUUUGUUCUUGAAUUCUCUACAGGAGAAGGUUUGUUCUAGAGUUGCCUACAGCAGCAGGUUUGUUCAAGAGUUCUGUGCAGCAGAAGGUUUGUUCUAGAGUUCUCUGUAGCUGGUUUGUUCUAGAGUUCUUUACAGCAAAGGUUUAUUCUUGAGUUUUCUACAGCAGGUUUGUUCUUGAAUUCUCUACAGGAGAAGGUUUGUUCUAGAGUUCUCUACAGCCGGUUUGUUCAAGAGUUGCCUACAGCAGUAGGUGUGUGCUAGAGUGUUCUGCAGCAGAAUGGUUGUUUUUGAGUUCUCUACAGCCUGUGUGUUCUAGAGUUGUCUGCAGCAGGUUUGUUCUGGAGUUCUCCACAGCAGUAGGUUUGGUUUUGAGUUCUCUACAGUAGGUUUUUUUGUAGAGUUCUCUACAGGAAGGGGUGUGUUCUAGAGUUCUCUACAGCAGAAGGUUUGUUCAAGAUUUCUAUACAGGAGAAGUUUUGUUUUAGAGUUCUCUACAGCCGGUUUGUUCUAGAGUUCUCUGCAGCAGCAGGUUUGUUCAAUAGUUCUGUGCAGCAGAAGGUUUGUUCUAGAGUUCUCUGUAGCUGGUUUGUUCUAGAGUUCUUUACAGCAAAGGUUUAUUCUUGAGUUUUCUACAGCUGGUUUGUUCUGGAGUUCUCUGCAGCAGAAGGUGUGUUCUAGAGUUCUCCGUCGCUGGUUUGUUCUAGAGUUCUCUACAGGAGAAGGUGUCUUCUAGAGUUUCUGCAGCAGUAGGUGUGUUCUAGAGUUCUCUACAGCAGGUUUGUUCUGGAGUUCUGUACAGGAGAAGUUUUGUUUUAGAGUUCUUUGUAGCAGCAGGUUUAUUCAUGGGUUCUCUACAGCUGGUUUGAUCUAGAGUUCUCUGCAGCAGAAUGUUUGUUCAAGAGUUCUCUACAGCAGGUUUGUUCUGGAGUUCUGUACAGGAGAAGUUUUGUUUUAGAGUUCUUUACAGCAGAAGGUUUAUUCAUGAGUUCUCUACACCUGGUUUGUUCUAGAGUUCUCUGCAGCAGUAGGUGUGUUCUAGAGUUCUCUACAGCAGGUUUGUUCUGGAGCUCUGUACAGGAGAAGUUUUGUUUUAGAGUUCUCUACAGCAGGUUUGUUCAAGAGUUCUGUACAGAAGUUUUGUUCUAGACUUCUCUACAGGAAGGGGUGUGUUCUAGAGUUCUCUGCAGCAGCAGGUUGGUUCUAGAGUUCUUUACAUUAGAAGGUUUAUUCAUUAGUUCUCUACAGCUAGUUUGUUUUGGAGUUCUCUGCACCCGAAGAUUUGUUCUAGAGUUCUCCGUAGCUGGUUUGUUCUAGAGUUCUCUACAGGAGAAGGUGUCUUCUAGAUUUUCUGCAGCAGUAGGUGUGUUCUAGAGUUCUUUACAGCAGAAGGUUUAUUCAUGAGUUCUCUACAGCUGGUUUGUUUUAGAGUUCUCUACAGCCGGUUUGUUCUAGAGUUCUCUGCAGCUGGUUUGUUCUGGUGUUCUCUGCAGCAGAAUGUUGUGUUCUAGAGUGUUUUGCAGCAGCAGGUGUGUUCUAGAGUUCUCUGCAUUAGAUGGUUUAUUCUAGAUUUCUCUACAGGAAAAGGUGUGUUCUAGCGUUCUCUGCAGCAGAAGGUUUGUUCUAGAGUUCUCUACAGGAGAAAGUGUGGACUAGCGUUUUCUGCAGGAUAAAGUGUGUUCUAGAUUUCUCUACAGCAGACGGUUUGUUCUAGAGUUUCUGCAGCAGAAGGUUUGUUCUAGAGUUCUCUGCAGCAGGUUUGUUCUAGAGUUCUCUACAGCCGGUUUGUUCUAGAGUUCUCUACAGCCGGUUUGUUCUAGAGUUCUCUACAGCCGGUUUGUUCUAGAGUUCUCUACAGCCGGUUUGUUCUAGAGUUCUCUACAGCAGAAGGUUUGUUUUAGAGUUCUCUGCAGCAGGUUUGUUCUAGAGUUCUCUACAGGAGAAAGUGUGGACUAGCGUUUUCUGCAGGAUAAAGUGUGUUCUAGAUUUCUCUACAGCAGACGGUUUGUUCUAGAGUUUCUGCAGCAGAAGGUUUGUUCUAGAGUUCUCUGCAGCAGGUUUGUUCUAGAGUUCUCUACAAGAGAAAGUGUGGACUAGCGUUUUCUGCAGGAUAAAGUGUGUUCUAGAUUUCUCUACAGCAGACGGUUUGUUCUAGAGUUUCUGCAGCAGAAGGUUUGUUCUAGAGUUCUCUACAGGAGAAAGUGUGGACUAGCGUUUUCUGCAGGAUAAAGUGUGUUCUAGAUUUCUCUACAGCAGACGGUUUGUUCUAGAGUUUCUGCAGCAGAAGGUUUUUUCUAGGGUUCUCUGCUGGUUACAGACUCCAGCACAUGGUAAUGAAAUGACAGUCUCCCCUCAGGGCGUCUCUGAUGACGUUUCCUCAGAGUCUGAAUCUCCAUCAUGCUGCGGUUGAACCAGAAAAGAUGGGAAAUCCCCAGAGACUGCUGCCGGAAGAAUACGCAUUUGUAGGAUCGGGACGUACAGGUUUUAACCGAUGUUCUUCUCAUGUGGCGUCAGGUCUGGGUGGGAAUUUGCAUGAAUGUUUCCAGAAUGUUCCUGCUAGUUUUCCUGUGGGGGUCGGGUGUUAUUGGGCCUGUAACUGAUGCGUGGGGUCAAGAGACAGAAGGUCAUGCCACCACUGAUCAAGGUCUAGACCAUGGAGGGAAGAAGUGGUGGGGCCAUGAUGAUAAUGAAGAAAAUGACGGUGACAAUGUUGAAGUCAUUUUGGCGCGCUGAUGCGUUCAGGGUCUUCGUGGUUUCAUGGUCAAGGCAGAACUUUAUCUGAGUAGCAGAAACGUUGCACGAUUGCGACUUUUUUAUCUGAAUAUUAAUAUUAAGCUUCACUGUUUUUGGUUUAGGGGUUUCAGGGUCUGGAUUCUGGAUCUGGAUCAUGUCCCUGCAGAUGAAACCCUGUUCCCAUUUUCUGCCCUGCAGUCUGUGCGUGGGGGGGUCAGAAGAUUCCUCUGCUGGUCCGGACCUGCCCCAGAACUUCAUGCUCAGAGACACACAAGCUUGUGCACGUGUCUGUUGGGAAAUUCCUCCCGGGACGCCUACAUGUAAUUAGAAGGAAGUCAAAGUUGGGGCAGGAGGAAAGAUGAUGACUUUCAAGUUGGAGAUCAAAACUCGGCGUCUAGAGCAGCGGCGGCGCCCACUCUGACCCACAAACGGAGUCGGUUUCACACAAGGCUGCUGGGAAAGCGAGGUCCAGGCUAUUGUCUUGUUGAGCCCUUGAACGAAGCGGUUCUGAACUGAGUCUGGCUUUUCAAACCCGUCAAACACUGCAGCUCAGCUGCAUCACUGCAAAGCAGGAACUCGUGCAGGAAGUUCGGAGUCCUGCUCUGACAUGUGACUCACUGUGGUUUUCAUUCAGAUCAUGCAAACCAAGGGCUCACUUUGUAGUGUCAUGAUGGUAGAAGUCCUCUGAAAUCAGCUGAACUGGCACCUUCAACCGUUUCACUGUCACCUAUUCCUGUUUUUUAAGGAUGGAAGUGUUGAAGUUGUAGGAGAAGCUGUAGAUGGACAGCAGUUCUUCAUCCUUUUGUCCUUCCUGUGCUUCACUUUUACUUUGAGAUGAAAACAGCUGUGAUGAGGAUGUUAUUUUCAUGAUCUACAUGAUCUACAGGCUUGGAGAGAAGGACUUGAUAUGCAUUUACAUGCACACGUCAAUGCGCCUGCUUAUACUGCAGGUUUGAACUGCAAAAUGUUUGUGGCUACUGGGACCAAUCAGGAGCCUCAGACACCAAUACGUCUUCACGCCAGGAAACCAUCAAACUGUGGCGACCGCUGAGUUUCUAGGAACUGCAUUUGUCUGCCGGAUCGCUUCAAUAAGCCGCCCUAACCGGGAAGAGGAAGUGGGCUUGUGUUUAUUUAACACAGCAGUUGCAACAGUCCUUCAGGCAAAUGUCUGCUUUGGUAUGAUACACAAACAGGAACCAUCUUUUCUGAUUUUCUCUCUGUAGAACCCAGGAAAAGAACUGAACUGAUGAGACGCUGAAGUUCAGCAGAUUGAACUGCUGCACUGUAGUUCACAGAAACACUAAAAACAUCAUGAUUUACAUCUUUUAAGCACAUGGAUGUCAGCGGUGCAGCCUCAUUGUCCUCUGGGAAAUUUUUACUCGUUAAAAAGUCACAUCAGUGUCUUAGCCGAAGAGAAACGAUGGGGGGGGGGGAAGUGGUUAGAGACACAAACCUUCCACAGAAUCCAUCCAUCCGUAUACAACCGUGCAUCCCUCUACAGCUGUUCAUCCCUCUACAGCCGUUUGUCCGUCUACAGCCGUUCGUCCGUCUACAGCCCUUCAUCCCUCUACAGCCCUUCAUCCCUCUACAGCCCUUCAUCCGUCUACAACUGUGCAUCUGUCUACAGCCGUCCGUCCGUCUACAGCCGUUCGUCCGUCUACAGCCGUUCUUCCGUCUACAGCCGUUCGUCCGUCUACAGCCGUUCGUCCGUCUACAGCCGUUCGUCCGUCUACAGCCGUUCUUCUGUCUACAGCUGUUCGUCCUUCUACAGCCCUUCAUCCGUCUACAACUGUGCAUCUGUCUACAGCCGUCCGUCCGUCUACAGCCGUUCGUCCGUCUACAGCCGUUCUUCCGUCUACAGCCGUUCGUCCGUCUACAGCCGUUCGUCCGUCUACAGCCGUUCUUCCGUCUACAGCCGUUCGUCCGUCUACAGCCGUUCGUCCGUCUACAGCCGUUCUUCUGUCUACAGCUGUUCGUCCUUCUACAGCCCUUCAUCCGUCUACAACUGUGCAUCUGUCUACAGCCAUCUGUCCGUCUACAGCAGGGGUGGGCAAACUGCGGCCCGCGGCCUGGAUUCCCCUCUUCUGCAGUCUGUGCUCCAACCUGAAACCCUGGCUGGAGACCCUGUCAAUCAAUCUCCUCAGUCCAUGCCGUAUCUCCUGUACAGAAAUGCGGAGCUCUUCAGAUCAAAAAUCUUUGAUCGAUCAGAACUUUGUUUUCAUUCUAAUAUCCUGGAACUUAUUUCUAUGAAUGUAUGAAUGAAUGUAUGAAUAUAUGUUUGAGAAUUUAAACAAGAGAAAAGGUGAAAGGAAUUUUACUCCCAUAAACGUCUGUAAUAAUCAUUCUCCGUGGAUUUCACAGAUCACGGUUAUUUUUAGAACGUAACUCCUGCAAUAAAUGAACUCUGUACUGGUGAAAAGGUAAGACAGAAAUUUGCUUUUUCAGUAAUAAUGGAUGAGAAACAGAAGUGCAGGACUAUCGAAUUACAUAAAUGCCAAAAAUUGAAAGGGCGUAAAGACAACUAAGCGGGCGUAUUUAGAAGCUGAGUGAGUGAACCUUACAACUGUGAUGGCGCAAUUCUAACCAAGCGACCCCGUAUUUUACAACUGAACGGCUGAAAUCCUAACUGAGCAGUGAUCCUGCUCCGUCAGUUCUCCUUUGCGCCCUCACCUGGAUUUACGCUCAGUGUUAUGGGGGCGUUUUUGUCACUUGGGGGCGGUAUUCAGGGGUGUG